CAGGGAUACUACACAGCGUUGACCCAAUGACAUCGCUAUUUCUUGGGCUGAAGUUCCUAUUUAUUCCAAAUUCCAAAGCUGGUGUGUCAAAGAUACGGCAGAAGUUGGCGGUGGAUCAUGGUGCACAGAUAUGUAGCGCAUUUGGUGAAACAUCAACAACUCAUGUGCUUGUUGAUACAAAAGUUGUGCUCACGGCCAAUACAGAAGCGCUUAUAAGGACGUUGAAGAAAUUAGGGCUACGUGAUAUUGCGAAAACCAAUGUGCCAGUGGUAGGCCAAGAGUGGUUGGUCCAGUGCGUGUCGAAAUCUGAGCUGCUACCGACGGCUAACUAUACAAUUGACCUAGCGCGGCCAUCGGCUAAGAAGAGGAAGGUGUCAUCGCUCAGGAAGGCGGAGUCUCGACCGAUAGUGGACACCACACUGGAGCCCGGUGAGAAGGUCUUGGAUAGUCCGAAUCAGACAAGCGUUGAUGUACUCAACGAGAUGGCUGAACAGCACAGGAUUAACGGUGAGGCGUAUAAAGUGAAAGCCUACAGGAAUGCCAUUGAUACGCUACAGAGAGUAUCAACGCCUGUGACGUCUUACAGCCAGGCCAUCCAGCUGGAAGGAGUGGGCCCUGCGAUUGCGAAAAAGAUUGAAGAGAUAUCAAGGACUCAUCACCUUAGGCAGUUGGAUGUGUCAAAGGGCUCCAGGCAUACUCAACUGAUGAAGUUGUUCAAGGGUAUUUAUGGUGUUGGCACUGUGAUUGCGAAGAAGUGGAUUGACGAAGGCAUGACGAGUUUGGACGACAUCAAGAACAGAACAGAUCUCACAGAUGCGCAGAGACUAGGGCUUCAGUACUAUGAUGAGUGGAAUGAGAGGAUUCCACGGAGUGAAUGUACUAUUCAUGCCGAGUAUGUCCAAUACAUGUUGAAUAGAGUGGAUCCGCUCAUAGAGGCAACUAUUGGGGGAAGCUACCGACGUGGUGCAAAGACAUGUGGUGAUAUAGACUUCAUUGUUACCAAACCAGAUGCGACUAUGGAGGCUCUACAGGCGGAUAUGGAUAAUCUAAUAGACACGAUCAAACAGGCAGGGUAUCUCCAGUGCAUCUUACAUCACCACGUAAAGAACAAGCUUUUAACUGGAUGCUCGCUACCACCUUUAUGGAAUAAGAAAGUUGACGGUCAAGGAGAAGAAUGGGGGAAGUGUCGUCGAGUGGAUUUUUUACUGGUUCCCUGGAAGGAAUUGGGUGCUGCGAUGAUCUAUUUCACCGGUGAUGAUGAGUUCAAUAAGAAGUUAAGGUAUAGAGCACAGAAACAUGGUAUGGUGUUAAACGGCACUGGGCUCUACAAGAUUGUCAGAGAUGGGUCGAAGGAGAGACAUGAGCUUGUUGAAUCAUUCGACGAGAAAAAGAUCAUGAGUUUGCUCAAUGUCAAAUGGCAUGAACCAGAGCAGAGAAACACAGGUGUCUUUGAUAUUGCCUGGAAUGGAUGAUUUCUAAAGGAAGCUGAUAAUAUGUAUGCAUAUCUGUGGGGUCCACCUGUGGAAAGUGCAGGAUAGCACUAUGACGUCGAUGAGAGGAGAAAGAAACUACGACAUUAUCACGAGUUAUCUGUAUAAGUAAAGUUCUGUACAGGUCAAUAGGGGGCGAGCAUUGUCUUUUCUUCUUAGAAUUCGAAGUUGGACCAAUCAAAGGGGGGAAUUUCCAUUAAGGAGAAGAAGAAUGGCCCAGACAGCUCAAGUUUAUAAUACGGCCUUUAUCACAUGAAAUGCAGCAAGUCACUCAAAACUAUAGCGAAAAAAAAGCAAGAGUCGCUAGUGAAG